AUGGAAGCCGCUACAGCUGCCGUUCAGUUGUUAGCUCGCGAGCAAAAUGCGUUGAACAGCGCGCAGAAGAAGAACCCCAACUGGCCCGACCCCAACUACGUUGAUCCUGAGACACGCAUGCCGCUUCUCAUUGCUGUAACAUGCACAUCGGGGUUCGUCAUGCUCGUGCUCUUGGAAAUGCGCAUGUACACACGCCAUAAGAUGUCGACGCGUGGGCUAGGCAUGGACGAUGUUCUGAUGGUGCUUGCAGCUUUUUUCUCUACGGCUCUUGUUGCCAUUGUCUGUGUCUGCGCGGUCUACGGCACGGGCUACCACAACUGGGAUAUUAGACCUGAAUGGUAUCCGACCUGGGGGAAAGCGACGUUCAGUCAGAACUUGGCUUUCAUACCAGCGACAACCUUGACCAAGUUGUCCAUACUCCACACGUAUCUGUUUCUUUUCCCCUCGCGAGCAAACGAAAUCUUCUGCCGUACUAUGAUGACAUUUUUAUGGGCAUGGGGCGCCAUCCAGAUCAUUGUUUCGUGUUUCCAGUGCCGUCCGCUCUCCUCCUACUGGGAUAUCAGUCAGGAGGAGAAAUGCAUUCUGAUCAACCCUUACCUUUAUUCAUCCGGCGCUGUAAACAGUCUUACCGACGUUAUCGUUUACCUCUGGCCGUCGCGAACACUUUUCUCACUCCAGCUGCCUCUGUUGAGGCGGCUGGGCCUUCUUGUUACGUUUUCCGCCGGCUUGGUAGCUGUCCUAGCGAGCAUACUUCGGAUGGUCAGCAUCCGCAACGCCAGCUUUUCUUCCGAUUCGACAUGGGAAGGCACCUUCAUUGCCCUCUGGAAAGUACUCGAGGUCACGUUCGGUGUAAAAUGCGGCUGUUUGCCAGCAGUGAAACCCUUGAUCGAGAGGUUCCUACCAAAAUCAGGCACGGACUCUAGUCAUCCCAAGAACGAAGGCUACUCGAGUAACCGUUUCAACCGGCUCGAGAACCGCGCUUCCCACUCGCGUGGCAACGUGGAUAGAGGUGCUAGCUUGCGGGACCUGAGCCACGAGUCUCUUCCAGACGAAACAGUUGAAAUGACGUCUGAGGGUGCAGAUGAUGCGGAAAUAGAGUCUAGGAAACAUAACAUGGAGAUGCGGUCGAAAAGUAGUACCUAG